AUGGAUGCUGUAGCAUUGUUACAGCAACGACAAGUUGCGCCAAUGACACCGUUAACCACGAACUCAAUGCCAAGUGCGACUCCACAACAACCACAUCUAUCAGAACAAGAUGCGCAGUUACGAUCAAUGAUAGAGUCUACUGGGCAACUUGAUCUGGACGAACGUGGACAUUGGGACUUUCAUGGCGGCUCUUCCGGUGCUGUUUUUAUGAAGCGCCUACGUGAACAGUUUGGCAGUUUACUCGGAUCUCCCAACCUACUUCCUAAACUACCACGUGCGGAGAUGCCACCCUCCUUCGAUUCUCCCAAGUCGUUUACAGAGUCCCCUUUUGAUCCCGGUCUUCCCAAUACAUUUGACCUUCCUCCUCGAGAAAUCGCCAUGGCUUUGUGUGAAGAUUCGUUGCAUUGCGGUUGUUGUCUCUUGCGUUUUGUUCACGAACCGAGUUUUUAUGAAAUGUUUAAUAGGAUAUACGAUUUGCCAGUUGAAAGUUUUGGUGACCAAGAGCAUAGAUUUCUGCCAUUGCUGUACAUGACUUUAGCCUUAGGUUGCAUGUUCUCGUCAGAGCCAUCAAGUUCCACAGACCCGGAUGGGAAGAAGUAUAAAAGUAGUAUGGAUCAAGGAUUCAAGUUCUACAAAGCUGCUCGGCAAAUGAUGGAUUUGACUGAUUGUCGCGACAUGACGGCUCUGCAAACAGUCAUAUUCAUGGUCCUGUUCCUACAAGCAACAUCAAACUUGAGCGUAUGUUAUUCUUACCUAGGUCUUGCUCUGAGAUCUGCGUUACGCCUGGGUUUACAUCGUAGCCUGAGUGGCAAUUUCAAUGUUAUCGAGCGGGAAACCAGAAAACGAGUGUUCUGGAUAAUACGAAAGCUGGAUACCUACGUUUCUGCUCUCCUAGGAUUUCCUAUAAUGUUAAGUGGCGACGAUAUCGACCAAGAUUUGCCAGUUGAGGUAGACGAUGAGUAUAUAACCAAGGAUGCGAUACUUCCCAUGCCCCCUGGCAAAAUGUCGUUGCUUGCGGCUUCAAAUGCGCACACACGACUCAUGGCCAUUACCCCAAAGGUUAUUAAACAUAUCUAUCCGAUAAAAGGAUUGGAGCAAUCUAUUUCAGGAAAUAAUAAUGCAUCUUACACCAUCAGUCACUCAAAAAUUAGGGAGAUUGAAAAGGAUUUAGCAGACUGGCUAGAUAGGUUACCCAUGGGAUUACGUCCUGGAGGUGAAGGUCCACCCGAAUUGAUUCGUGUUCAACAACUUUUACGGUUAGCCUACGCACAUGUUCAAAUGAUGUUAUAUCGACCAUUUCUUCAUUAUGUUUCUGGAAAGAGUUGUGCAGGAAAGACCGUUGAUGAAAGAUCAUACGCAUGUGCAGCUGCUGGCGUCAGUGUAGCUCGUAAUAUCAUUCAUAUUACCGCAGAGAUGAAGAAGCAAUCUCUCUUGAGAGGAGCAUAUUGGUUUACCAUGUACACAACCUUCUUCUCCGUCAUAUCCCUAGUGUACUACGUCCUUGAGAAUCCCGACAAGAGUGGAGCUGCAGAGAUUUUGGCAGAUGCAAAUGAUGGAAAGGAUGCUUUGAUUGGCCUUGCUCAAAGAAGUAUGGCUGCUGAUAGAUGUUCGGAAACUCUCAAGCCACUUUUUGAACAACUACCCGAAAAGUUAAAAAAUCGACCCACUUCGAUUCCAUCAAAGAAAAAAAGAUCAGCACCUGCAUCUGCACAUCAAACGCAUCGCAGUAGUCCGGAGAUCCCAAGACCAAGUUCAAGCCACAUAACUCCAAUACCUCGCGCCACAACAUUUCCCCAAACUACCACCUCUCUUCACACCAGCGGUCUUCCAAUGCAAAACCUUAACCACCGUUUUCAAAUAAACACAUCUUCUAAUCCGAACCUUCGACAAGGUUUUCAAGAUCUCGUAUCACCAAGCGAUUUAUCCAAUGCUGGUACUCCUGAAAGCGUAUCGUCGACUAGUCAUAGCAUCCCACAAUAUGGUAUGCAAAAUCAAUUCAAUGCUAACAAUAGUAUACCAUAUCUCACUGGAUUGAUGUUUCCAUCCUCUGAUCCUUUUGCGUAUCCAAAUCAACCAAUGAUGGAAUUCGACGCGCAACACUUGAAGCAGGAAAAUGAUUUGGAUGAUCCUAGAGCACAACAAAUUUACAUGAGUGGAAGUGGAGCGGGAACAGGAACUGUAAUGUAUGAUGAUUUAGAGGGACAAAUAUUUGGACCAAUACCGGCAUAUAUGAUACACAAUCAACAGGGAUUUGAGCUAUCGGGCGGGGGGCAAGGAGGUUCAGGGAAUCGCAUGGGUGGGUUAAUUCAGGGAGGAAAUGCAAAUGCGACAGGUACAGCUGGAACUGGACCCGGAGUUGGAGUGAGACCGGGAAAUACAGGGUUUAAUCCCCAGAAUUUGGUGUAUAAUACGGGGAUGAAUUUGGAUGGGAUUUUUGAUAAUGUUGGAGGUGAUACUCGCGGGACGGGAGAGGAAUGGAAUGGGAUGAGUGAUCAGGGAUUUAGGUGA